ACCGUCCUACCUAUUCUCCAAUCCUCCUCUAUAAAAGGGUGUACCAAUGACAUUCUCUUUACUCAUACAAGCUUAAUAUAGUUCAUACCUUUCCAUAGUUCUUUCCAGGUUUUUCUGUGUAGUAAAAGUUUCUUAUAUAGAAGUAAGAAAUGGCUUCAGGUGGUAACUCUAACUGGACAGCCAAACAAAACAAAAGGUUUGAGAAUGCUUUGGUUAUGUAUCCCAAGGACACCCCAGAUCGCUGGCACAAUUUGGCCAGAGCAGUGGGUGGGAAAACUGUGGAGGAAGUGAUUAAGCAUUAUGAGGAACUUGUGGAAGAUCUCAGGCAGAUUGAGACUGGCCAUGUUCCCUUGCCCAAUUACAGAGACACUGAAGAGAACAGCAAAGGUUACAAUUACAUGGAUGAAGAACAAAGGCUGAGGAAUCUGAGGCUGAAAUGAAGCAUGGAUAGAAGCCUAGCCGAGUCCGUUAUGCAAAUGCAGUACUACAAUGCCAAAGAAUAAGAUGUGAUGUGUAAUAGAUAUCUACUUUUAAUUUACUUACUUUCUGUACAACGUCGUAUAUUUCCUUCGUUUACAUGUAUCAAGGAAAAGUGAUGCAUCAAGUGACUUGUUUCUACUUCGUUCAAAUAUUUAAAAUGUCAAUCUUUGAAUGCAA